AUGAAGCAGCUGGUUUCUUUGGAUGCUGUCCGAGCUGGGAUUGGUGCAGAAACCAUUCCCAGCAUCGUUCAGGUACAGGACGCUACUGUAGAAGCGAGACAGGGCAGCACCCUGCACAGGCCGCCUGCACUGAAAUUGGACAAAACAAUACCUCUCCCCCCUGUAUCUGCGUCCCGCGGGGCCUCGGGGAAGCCCGAGCUGACACGUGCGCGGCUCCCGUCCCAGCACCGGGGGGAAGACUCCCACUCCUCGCCCACCACCAGCUGCGCACGCACAGCAGCAGCUGCCACACGGCAAGAACGGACCGCUGCACGGGAAGCAGCUGGUUCCCCGUCAGAAACAACGCAAGGAGGCCGUGCCUCAUCUCCCAUGAAACACCUCGCUGGCAGUGGGGAAACAACACCUCCUCGCGCUGGCACGUUCUCGGUUGGUGGGGAUCAGAAAGCGGAACGCCGGCCCGUGGCAGCGCAGCUAGAAGCAAUUGCAGCCAAAUCCCGCAGCAGCACGCCGGGAAACCGGGACCCUAAGCUGGGACAGAGGACGGCAGCCAAAACUGAAGUUCCUUUGGAUCUGCACGUGCGGGAGACCAGCCUUGCUGUAACCAGUCCCUAGUGCCUUUGGAAUCGCUCCCAGUCUCCUUUCUCCUCAGGUCUCCUUCCAGAGGUUGGCUCAGCGUCAGAGCUAAGGUGCACUG